AUGAAUAAUGACUUUACUUCAGCAUAUUUUCAGUCUAACGGCACUAAUGCUUAUACAACAGUUGAUCCUCAACAGAUCAGUACAGGUUAUGAUGGUCAACAAAACAUUUCUACUUAUUCUUGGGCCAUACCUGAACAACAAACAACGUCUUCAAAUAUUUUAACAUCUACUUCAAUGAACCCUAAUAACCUUUCUUCUCCCGCCAAAAAUGCCUAUCCUACACCUAGUAUGGAAACAAACGCAAAUAAUAAUUUUAUACAAAUACAAAAUACUCCGGUUGUUGGUUCGAAUAUAAGAAACUCUAAAAGUAAACUUGGUGUAGAGAGUACUAUGAAAAAUGUCACCAAUAACACAUCUCAUAUAAACAUAAACAUAAAUGGUAACAAUAGAUCACCCGAAUAUGGUGAGUAUAAAACUCGUCUUCAAGGAAAUUUGUCUUAUCUUGCGACAGUGGCUGAUGAAUAUACUGGUAACCCUCGAAAUGAAAUAAAGCCAAAAGUUAUUCCUGAUUUAAACCCAUUGCCUCCACCACGUGGAUCAUAUGGAAAAAAUCUAAACAAUCUUAUUCAAAAAGCUGCACAAGCAUUCUCUAAUCACAAAAAAUUUCACCAUCGUCCAGUAAAUACCACUUUGCCUUUAAAUGCAACCAAUAAUAAUGCUUCCUUUUCCAACCAAACAUUAGAUACAUCGUCAUCUCCUCGUCAAUAUAAAGUAGGUUCAUCAAUGGGAUCAAUGAUGUCAUCUUCGCAAUAUCAACAACAAAUGUAUCAAAAGCAACAAUCAUCAUCAUUACAACCGCCUUCUCAACCACCAUCUACACAAAUGCCACAACAAAUGUCACAACAAAUGCCACAACAAAUAAUGCCACAACAAAUGCCACAACAAAUUCCACAACAAAUGUCACAACAAAUAUCACAACAAAUACCGCAACAAAUACCACAACAAUCUCAACAAAUACAUCAACAAAUGCGUCAACAACAACUAUCACAACAACCGUCACAACAGCCACCACAACAACCGCCACAGCAACAACAACAACAACCACCACAGCAACCACCACAACCACCACAACAACCACCUCAACAACCUCAACAACAACCACCUCAACAACAACCUCAACAACCACAAAAUCCACAUUCUCAACAACAAAAUAUACAUUCUCAACAACAUCAACAACCGUCAUCACAACAAAUUCAUCCUCAACAAUCUGCAGCAACAAAUAGAUAUCAGAAUUCAAUGUUACCAUCAGUCACAAUGGCAUCAUAUCAACAACAUCCAUCCUCUUUACAACAAAAUAUGGUUGCUAAUAAUAUUCCCGAAUAUUCAAUGAAUCCAAUGAAUUCAAUGAUUACAGCAGCAAAUCAAGAACAUUCUUAUCAUCAAGUGUUGCCACCAUUAGUUGGAUUAGGAGGAUUUAUAGGAGGUGGGAAUAAUGGAAUAUCAGGCGGUGCAGCAGGAUUUGGAAAUGCGUUGGGAUUGUCUGGUAUGAUAAAUAAUGAUAAUAAUAUGUGA